GGUUUUUAUCGUCAAGCCAGGAGGCAGAGGGAGAAGGGAGACUCGGUCACAUAAGGCGGAAAUUCCUGAAAAUGGUGAAGUUCUUGAAGCAAAACAAGGCCGUUAUCGUCCUUCAGGGACGCUAUGCUGGUCGCAAGGCAGUGAUCGUGCGUGCCUUCGACGACGGCACGCGUGACCGCCCGUACGGCCACUGUUUGGUCGCCGGAAUCAAGAAGUAUCCCAGCAAGGUUAUCAAGAAGGAUUCUGCCAAGAAGACGGCCAAGAAAUCUAGGGUUAAGGCUUUCGUCAAGCUCGUUAACUACCAGCAUCUCAUGCCCACGCGUUACACCCUCGAUGUGGAUCUUAAGGACGUAGCAACCAUCGAUGCCCUUCAAUCAAAGGACAAGAAGGUUACCGCCUUGAAGGAGACGAAGAAGAGGUUUGAGGAGAGGUUCAAGACCGGCAAGAACAGGUGGUUCUUUACCAAGCUUAGGUUCUGAGCUUUUCCCCUUCAGGAACAACGAGCCACUUUCAAACUAUAUUGGUUUCUGUACUGGUUUUGGUGAAGGGAAUUUUGGAUAGAGAUUAUAGUGUUAUCGUUUUUCGAAUUGUUAUUGGAUCUGUCGGACUAUUUGCGUUUUUCUUUAGUUAAAUUGAAAUCAUGUCGUUUCUUAAUCCC